AUGAUAGAAGAAGAGAACAAGAAAGUGAUUGAGGGAAGAGAAGUGAUACCCCUCCUUACCCCAUACAAGUUGGGAAAAUUUAAUUUAUCCCACAGGAUUGUUCUUGCACCGUUGACAAGAACGAGGUCCUACAAUUUCGUGGCUCAGCCCCAUGCUGCUCUAUAUUAUUCUCAACGAACAACAAAUGGUGGCUUCUUGAUAGGGGAAGCAUCAGGGGUGUCAGAAACUGCACAAGGGUACCCAAAUACACCUGGCAUUUGGACAAGAGAACAGGUGGAAGCAUGGAAACCUAUUGUGAGAGCCGUUCAUGAGAAAGGGGGCAUAUUCUUUUGCCAACUCUGGCAUGCUGGAAGAGUCUCCAACUAUGGUAUCUCUCCAGAUGGGCAACCCCCAAUUUCAAGUACAAACAAACCAAUUCAAAAGGAAGGUAGCAGCACUAAAUACCCACCACCUCGUCGCCUCAGAACCGAUGAAAUCCCCAAAAUUGUCAAUGAUUUCAGAAUGGCAGCUAAAAAUGCCAUAGAAGCGGGUUUUGAUGGAGUAGAGAUACAUGGAGCCAAUGGAUACUUGCUUGAUCAGUUUCUAAAGGACAAAGUAAACGACAGAGAUGAUGAGUAUGGAGGUACCUUAGAAAAUCGUUGUCGUUUCCCACUAGAGGUGGUGAAAGCGGUAGGUGAUGAGAUCGGAGCUGACAAAGUUGGUGUCAGGCUGUCCCCUUUCGCUGAUUAUUGUGAUUGUGGAGACUCUGACCCUCAAGCAUUGGGAAUUUACAUGGCUCGGUCCUUGAGUCAAUUGGGCAUUCUCUAUUGUCAUGUAAUUGAACCAAGGAUGCGCACAAUGUUUGACAAGUUUGAGUCCAAUGAGUCCCUAUUGCCCAUUAGAAAGGCCUUCAAUGGAACCUUUAUUGUCGCUGGUGGCUACAACAGGAAUGAAGGAAACAAAGUUUUGGCCAGCGGUGGUGCAGAUUUGGUGGCUUAUGGACGCCUCUUUUUGGCAAAUCCGGAUCUGCCUACAAGAUUCGAACUGAAUGCUGAGUUAAACAAGCCCGAUAGGAGCACAUUUUACACAAAUGAUCCUGUCCUUGGAUAUACGGAUUAUCCGUUUCUUGAAAGCAUGACUUAGAAACGACUAUUAAUUAAUAGGGAAAAGUGUCUAAGAUAUAAAACUAUGUCAUUCUAAGUGAGAUAAAUAAAGGAG